AGAUAACGAGAGCCGACAAACUAUGGAGCGAUAUGCAACAGGAGGAGACAAGACGAGAGGAAGCUAGACUUUACCGCAUGGAUUUUAAUGUUUACAUGCUAGCUAAAUAUAGCUGGUAAAAAAUAGUUGUAACAGUUAUAGUCGACCUGCCUGUGUGGAUAAUCAGAGGACAAGAAUCGAAACCAAUGUUUUUGAGUUCGAGAGAUUUGGAUUUGGAUAUUUGCAAUCUGGUAACGCUCGCGCUGCUACUGCAAGAUCUUUCCGACACUUGUUGAAAUGACAUUUCGAAAUCUUCUCCACAAGGGAAGUAUUCGCUAAUGAAAACAUUGCUAACUAACAACUAUAUUUGGGCUAAUUCCAUCUAACUGCCGAGGGUAACGUUAGCUAAUAUUGUUUUAGAUAGCUAAAGAUUUGUAAGCUAACGUUAGUUGCGCGUCUCUUCUGCUGUUCGUGUCGCAUUACGGGGUAGCUAACGUUACUGUACUAGCUAUCUGCCUAGCUAUAGUUUUUAUCGAUGAUAUAAAAUGACAAUUUUGAUAGCUUUGAAGAGGUUGAAGUACUUAUUAGUUGUUAUUUAGCUACGCGUGUUGCUUCAAUUGACAAUGCACUAUUAGAUAGUUCCUGAAAUAUUUUAAGCUAAAUUGUUAAUGAAGAAAAUGGAAGUGACAGGUAGCUAGCUAGCACUGGCACUCUCUCACGCUAGCUAGUUAGCAUAACUAGCUACUGAUUGAGUUUCAAACAAGUUGUUGGCUUGUUAUUAGUUUAGCUAACUAUUUACAAAUGAAAAUGUUUUCACAUGCAUUGACAAUACGUUGGAUGUAUAAAACUCAAGAACUUCGAUAAUUGUUGUGACUCCUUACUUGCUGGACACGAAAAUACAAAAUAUUUUGGAAUUUGAUGAUUUGUUUACAAACACUUGUCAGCUGAACUGUGUACUAUUGUUAGGUAACGUUAGUUAGCUAACUUAUGUGGCUAUCGAGCUAAAGUUAGCUAGCGCCGAAGAUUUGCCAACGCGACGAUUUUUGAAGCAGCACUGAUGGAUUCGCUAAAAGUGGACUGACAUACAAAACUACACUAUCUAUAUUUGUGCACCAAGCACUCGCUUUACAUUUUUUAAGUAAAGUUUUGAAACUGUGCGGCCCACACCAUGUCCGGAUCCCCGGGCUCGGGUGGCUCAAACCCCAGGAAGUUCAGCGAAAAGAUAGCGCUGCACAACCAGAAACAAGCAGAGGAGACGCGGGCCUUCGAUCAGCUUAUGACAGAUCUCACUGUCUCAAGGGUGCAGUUCCAGAAGAUCCAACAGCUGCGUCAGACCCAGACCAGGGCCCACUACUAUGGAGGCUCCCUGCCCAACGUCAACCAGAUCGGCAACGCCAGCGCCGACUUCCAGGGUGGCUUCCCAGGGGCCUUGGACAGUGUCAGGGGGACACGUCACCAUGGCCUGGUGGAGAGGGUGCACCGGGACCGCAACCAACGCAUUAACUUGCCUCACCGCCGGCCCAUCGACAAGCACGGACGGCAGAUGGAGAGCUCCCCGUACGGAACGGUGUACUUGUCCCCUCCGCCGGACAACAACUGGAGAAGGGAGCAGCAGCCUUGGGCCGAGGAGAAACGACCAGGAUUUAGAUUAAUAUCACAGCUCAACAGAACCAACUCGGACUCGGCUCUUCAUACGAGUGCUAUGAACCCCCAGGACCCCUUUGGCAUAAACCAGCAGAUGGGCAGAGGGCCCCCCCAGCGCAACGCCAGUGUGAACGAGGCGGAGGUGGACGGCUCUGGAGAUGUGUUCUCCUUCCCUUCGCUGUCUAAUGAGGAGGGUCUGAUAGGUGUCAGCAAGCCCCUGCCCAAGCAACUGUGGGAGGCCAAGAAGGUUCAAUCCCUCUCAUCACGGCCCAAAUCCUGUGAAGUGCCUGGAAUCAAUAUAUUCCCGUCUCCAGAGCAGAACGCGGGCCUCUCCAACUACCAGGGCUCGUUGAACACGGGUGGUUCCCUGCCUGACCUCAGCAACCUGCACUUCCCCUCACCGCUGCCCACCCCCCUGGACCCAGACGACGGGCACCACGGAGGGGGUGGCUACCACCCCAACCUGAGCGGGGGCAGCAGCACAGGCAACCUGCCCGCCGCCAUGAUGCACCUAGGCAUAGGUAACAACCAGGGAGGCUGGACUGAAGGAGGUCUCUCGUCCUCUCUGAGCAAUCCUUCCAUCCAGAACUCCCUCCAGAACUCCCAGCUGCACUCGUCCCUCAGCAAUCCCUCCAUCCACUCGUCCCUCCGUCUGGCGUCCCUCUCCAACCCUCCGCAGGGCGCCAUGAGCAACUCGCCUCGCCGCCGCCCUGCUCCCAUCAGCCCCCUCACUCUGUCACCCGGCACCGAGCAACGGCGGGGGCUUUCCAAGCAGCUGUCUCCCACCAUGUCGCCCUCGCUGUCCCCCAUCACACAGGGGGUUGCGUUGGACACCAGCAGCUUGCCAAUGGAGCCUCCCCCUCCCUACCCUCUCUACCAACAGCUACACCAGCAGUCCCAGCAUUCAAUGGGACAACAACAACGCCAGCAACAACAUCAUCAUCAUCCACAACAACAACAACAACAACAACAACAACAACAGCAGCAGCAGCAGCAGCAGCAGCAACAACAGCUGCAGCCAGUGUCCCCUCUGCAGAACAUCUCUCUGGACUUUAACUCUGGUAAUAACAUGGGGGCGUUCUUCAACGACCCGUUCAUGGACCCACAGUUCUCCAGUCGCCAGGCCAAGGCUCUGUCCUACCAGGUAAACCACCGGGGAGAAGGCUCUAGAGAAGGAUCCUCAGGAAAGGACUUCAUUCCUUCAUUUACAUUGGACCAGUUCAGCAUGUUGGAGAGUGCCAUGAGCCAAAUUGCAGGGGGUUCGUGUUUCGACCCCUCCUCGCCCUCCUCCUCACCCCUAUACUGCUCGCAGGCCGCCCUCAUGGGCCUGGGCGGGAGUCACGGCAACCUGCAGGACCAGCUGCAGCAGAUGAGACCCAACAACUACUACAACUGCAGUGGAGGGGUGCCCAACAUCAUACUGACUGAUGACUCCAACCCCAGUCAUUCCAAGGACAUCAGCAGUGCCAUGUCGGCCGGCAACAUGGCUGAGUGUUUCGACUCGGAGGUGGGCUUCCCACUGGAGGACGAGCUGCGCAUCGAGCCUUUGAGCCUGGAUGGUCUGAACAUGCUCAGUGAUCCCGACAUGGUGCUCUCUGACCCCUCUGUGGAGGACAGUUUCCGUAGCGACAGACUGUAAACGGGCACGCACACGUACACACGCGGACUGUAUAGGCCAGGGACCGUGGGUUAAACCUGGUUAAACUUGAAUGAGCCCCACCUCCUUCACACACACACGUACAUAUGCCUCACUCACACACUGGCAUGCACACACUCAUGGCAUGCAUCUCCAGCAGCAUGCGUAUGCUAUGUUUUAAGUAAUUUACACACACACACUAUUUCAGAGGAAUAGACUUGUAUACAGUCACUGUUUACAUGGGCUUCACAUGUAAAUGCAACACACACGCUCAUACCUACGUUGUGCAUAGUCAUUUGGAACGGAUGGACUGAUGUACCAUUGAUUGAUAUCCUUUUUUUCACCCACAUUACAUCAGCACUGAGCAUUACUAUAACUUUACUAUAACGUUCCUAUAGUGUUCCUCCACCUAUAUAUAUUAGCUGUGCAGUGUCUAGUCCUUCAGCUCAAAGACCGCUGGCCCCCCCACCAGCCUUCCUCUGCCCAACUGCUGCCACAGACUCACACCAACACACACACAGCCAUCUGACUCUGCCACAGCCAAGCAGCUCCUAUCUGUCUGCCUGAGGGCCCUUACUGACUGCCACAGACUGAGAGGGCAGCAGAUGUCUUCAACAGAGAGGGUGGCUGCAGGACAAUCCGUACUCAUUGACAGUGCUUAGUGCUCGGAUCCUGAUCCUUCAUUGGUUGUCCUCCUCACUGCCACAUUUACUCCAGAAGUUUUGGACCAGAGCUGGUCAAAGUCAGAGCAAGACAAUUGGAUAAUGUUCCAGAGGAAAAGGAACUGUUGUUCAAGAACAGGAGUUUUGCUCUGGAACCUUUUGGAGCCAAUGUUCUAGAACAGGACAUGUAUUCUGGAGCAAGUGGAGCACAUGUUCUAGAACACAAUAUGUAUUCUACAACAUGUUUUUCUAGGUUCUAGAACAGGACACAGGCUCCACCUGUUCCAGAAUGUGUUCUAGAACAGGACAGAUAUUCUAGAUUCUAGAAGAUGUUCUUUCAUGUUCUAGAACAGAACACAUUCUCAAGCAGGAGCAGCUCACGUUCUAGAACAUGGGGAUGCUGUUUCUUAGAACAGCAGCUGGUGUUCUUGGACCCUGAGAGUGUCUGCUCGGGGGUUCCGUCUGUCUCCAGUUCACACCGCUCCGCUCAAACAGCACUGCAGACAUGGCAACACCCAUCACCAAGACACAUUGGUUACACAACGCCAUAGAAACACCCUCGCCAGGGCAACCCAAGCCAUGGUAACUGCCCCAUCGCCAUGCUGAGCAGACCGGCAGAGUUUACUGACUGAGGAAUUUGGACCUGGUGUUUGAGGCAGAGCCAGCACUGGUAUCGUUCUACUACUAUGCUAAUACCUUGUUAGCACUGUGCUGAUAUGGUUCUAGUACAAUGACACCAGUACAUCCCCUGACAGCCAUGUUCCCCUCUUUGUGAUGAUCAGGUGAAGGCCAGUUCUGGCCCGGCCCAAUGACAGCCCUCUACGUGGCCGUACACCCCAACUAACAAUCAUGGUAGAAAUGAAGAGGGAUCGAUCUACAGUGCUAUGAAAAAUAAUUUGCCCCCUUUCUAAUUUUCUCUACUUUUGCAUAUU